UGUGCAAUAAAGAAGCAGUUCCAAUUAGAACUUAAUGCGGUAGUUUGGAUGCAUAGCGCUAUAAAUAUGAAGAGCUAAGUGCGAUAAGUUUACGUGAUUUAAAAAUACAUUAUAAAAUACCUGGCUUCUAACGUUGUCAUAUUGGUUGUGAGUCACUGACAAAAAAAAACAUUUAAAUGAAAGCCCUUGAAAAGAUGGCAAAACACUAUCAUGAAUAUGCAGCAGUGAAUCGUGGUAUAGUUUAGGUGUUGAUCAUCAGUAUAUUUCACUAUAAAAAUUAUUUAUGUAUUCGCCAUUAGUCAUUUAGAAAAUGUAUUUCCUUUUUGCAUAUUGAUUUACUUAAAGCCUGGCAUCAAGAAGAAACCGCACCAUCGUAUGAGAAGGCUUCAUAUUAAAUAGUUUUUACUUGACUCCACUUAAGUGAAUCUCUUUUCCUAAUCUAAAACAUUUUUGGUCCGGGAUUUUUGCCACGAGCUACUUCAACCGCGUGUGCUAACCUAUAAUCCUACUAUUCACUGACAAGAAUAGUAAACUUUUACCCUAAGACAAAAACCUGCCACAUUGUUUCACUUCUAGCCCGAAGAAUUCUUGAUUUUUCCUCGUCGUCAUAAACAUUUGUUCGCGGGGGAUGAAAUACCAUCGGAAUGCUAGACUCAGUGGAUGUAGAGGCCCAACAAAAAAAUGCCAGUCUCUUUUACAGAUGCUGAAGAGGAAAGAAUUAAUGAAGACGGUGCCUUGAGAGAUAAUUUUCCCUACAGUUCUGUUUUGUCUCUUAUCAACUGCUUAAGCUUCUGUAUACAUUAAAGAACGUACACUCCUCUUAGAAUCAAACAAACGACCAAAUCCUUAAAAAAACGAUGGUAUGAAAUAAACUAAUGGAAUCCCUCCCAUUAUACAAAGUUAACUGCUGAUGAAAAUGCUACGUAUACGUAAUUAGACUUGGAGUGUCUUCAUUCCAAGUAGAAAAUAAGAUGGAAUGAUGUCACUUAUUUACGUCAAAGUAACUGCAGUAAUGCCUCCGGAGUGGUUCAGAUUUCCGUCCGAUACUGUUUUCUGAAGCGAUUUUCCAAGGAGAAAAAGAAACAAAAUCAAGUCAGAAAAAGUGUCUUCGUUCAAAUACAGAGAUAUUAUACAAAACUCUAAAGUUGCAAAGACAAGAGCAGAUUUAAACUGAUUAAGGAAAUGAAAGAAACUGCGAAAUACUAAAUAUUACACAACUGAUUCACCCACAAAUGUUGAUUACCACGCAAACUGUAUCAUGAUAUUUCCCCUCACCAAUAUAGAUACAUUCCAGCCUAAAAUAGACAAACUGCAUGUGUAUAUCAAGAAGCUGGUCAGUCUGCAAUCCUUUAUCUUCACAUUUUACAGUCUGCAGAGUUACGUGCAGAUUAACGAAGGCUGCAUUUUAAUAGCAGAAACUUAGCAGAUUGCGAGAGUUAUUUACAUACGUACACUAGAUCCAAGUCAGACCGGUUUAAAAGUUGCAAUGAACACAACGUCGAAUUUCACGCAAGAUUUGGAAACUCCCUUCAGUUUCAAGCCAUCCUUUGCGUAUCCAGUAGCUGUUUGUUAUAUUGUUGUCAUAGCUGUGGCAAUCGUAGGGAAUCUCAUGGUAUGUUACGCCAUAAUCACCAACACGAAUCUGCGCCACAAUCCAUCAAACCUGUUGCUUUUGUCCCUGGCUGUGGCAGAUUUUCUCACAGCAAUCCUUGCCAUGCCAUUUGACGUAGAAUCACUCUUCCUGAACUUCGCAUGGAAACACGGGAAGGCCUUGUGUCUAACGUGGCAAUUGGUGUACCUCUUUGUUGUACCGAUCUCUAUUUUCAGCCUGCUGGUCAUUAUUGUUGAUCGAUACCUAACCCUCAGCGGUUUUCACGGCCGAUUUGGGUGCUCACGGUUCAUGACUAAACAGAGAGCCCUCAUAGUCAUCGCGACAAUCUGGCUUUACAGCAUUUUAUGGGCUCUUCUCCCUGUCAUGGGAUGGCGGAAAGAAGGCGACGUUCUUGAAGAUGGCAUCUGCAUGAUACCAUAUACAAAAGCCUACAACAUAGCCAGCUCCUUUCUGAACAUCGUUCUUCCCCUGCAGGUAUCGUGUGGGUUUUCCAUCCUGGUAUAUCACAUCACAAGGAAGCAUGAGAAGGCUCUAAGCAACACAGAACAUAAUUCAUCCGAACAACCCACAAAGGAACAGCAAGAGAUCUAUUUGAAGAAUAUCAAGGCUGCCAAAAGGAGCUCCGUGUUCGUGCUGGCUAUUUUCGUCUGCUGGCAGCCUUACGCACUUUUUGUUGUCGUUGACACCAUUAACAGCGAAAACUGGACAUCGUUUCACUACGAAGUCUACAUGGUGCUGUUAAUGUUUGGUUACCUCAACUCGGCGCUGAAUCCCUUUCUUUUCGCAUUUCGGAACAAGCACUUCAGAGAUGUGUAUGCAAAAAUGUGUUCUACCUCUACGCAUCAAUCGCACCUGUCAAUUCAACAUUCAAAUGCCACUGAGCUUGAUAAAGCUGAACACUACACUAAAAUAGUUUAGUUCAGUUAUAUCGUGUGCAUUACUGUAAAUGCGCAUAUUUUAAAAGCUAAAAAAUUUUUAAUGAGAUAUUAAAGAAUUUCCAAGGGCUUGGAAAAUAUUUGUCUUCGAGGGAUAUGUUUCCCAGAUCGAAAGUACACCAUUAUACCAUAUUUGCAGCAGUUUUUUUCAGCUGAUAAGAUACAAAUAAAUGUAAUUUUAAAAAUUCAAAUUUUCCAGAAAUUACGGUAGGAAAGGAGUAGGUCUGAAGGCAGAAGGAUGAAACAUAACUGAAGCAAAAACCUUAUAACUUAGGAAGUUGUUGCAUGUCUGUCACUGUACUGUGAAGCCGACGCUUCUAGUUCUUUCGUCGGUGGCGCCACUUUAGUGUGGUAAGAUAAAAAUGAUCCAAGAGCUCUUAGUUUGUCGAAGGAACCAAGAAAUUCAUACCGAGUAACAAAAAAUAAGGUUUCUUUUGAACAACAUGAUCAAAGUUAUCGUAGCUUACACUAUAUAUCAUUACUGGUAUCAAAGAGGUGUAUGCUGCUCUUAUGUCUAUGGUGUGUAAUUCAUGUGAUGCCGUUCGCACUUCUGAGAAUUUGUUUAAAAUCAUUUAAAGAAAGAAAUAAAGUAUUAGCUCACUUUAUAAAAUGAAAAUAAGAGAGGAUUAAUGUUUUGUUUGCAGUACAUUUUUUGGUUGAGUCAUAAGUGGCAACGUUCAGUAAGAACCAAAACAAUUUCUUCCGUAGGAAUCACACUUGGGUCCACCACUGAUUGGGUUCCACUUUUUACUUUCAAGCUACUGUGACACGAUCAGCUAAAACUAACUGCAAAGCCUAACAGCACCACUGCCUAGCGAGAACAUGCAUAAAAAGUUCGUUUAAGUUCCUUAACUAAAUGCUACCGCCAUGAUAAUUCUGCAAAGUCUUUUUCAUUGUCCUUCUUUGCCUAUCCAUCAACCUCGUUCCCACGGCAUUUCCCUUACUUAGGGGUGGUAUGGGAAAAGACCAUGGGAACGAGGUUACCUAUCCAUUUGUCAUCAAAAUUUCUGUGUAAUCACCAAAAGCAGUGUUGGUCAUCAGAAAAUGUCAACUUGGUACGCUAUAUACUCGCUUGUAGGAAACUUUUCAGCCUGCAUCCGAUCUAGAAAAUAUAUUGUCUACAAAGCUAAGACUGCAAUGACGUCAGAGGGACAAGAUCUGUGAAAAAAAUAAAUCUAGGGUGAGAGAAAUAACCUCGCUUUAACGUAAUGACUGAAUUAAAAAGAUAAAGUGAUUAUGUAU